GUGCGCGGCCCAUGGCGGGCGCCGAGAGCGCCGAGGGCGCUGCCGACGAUGAGUUCUACGAGCGCUUCGCCGCCGAGCUGGAGGUGCUGGCAGAGCUCGGAGAUGACCCGUCCCCGCCCGCCGGCCCCAAAAUCUCUCAGUUCCGGGGCAGGAAGCAGCAGCCAGAGGAGGCCGAACCCCCCGGGGACUCCCACUGCAGGAAGAGGGAGCGGGGCUGUGCCCCCGACGGGUCCCCAGCGCCGGCCGGACCCCGCACCCCGAAGCCGAAGCGGCAGCGCCUGGAGGCCGUGAAGAAGCUCGAUUUUGGUGCAGACGAUGAGUUGGCUCCUGAUGUCUCCUGGGAUGGGGGCUCAGAGGCACCUCUUGCUCCCCAGAAUACCAGCUCCAACCAGCUGGAGAUGAGCGGCAUGACCCCCCUGCAGACCACACCACCCUCUGAAAAGAAGUGGGUCCUCAAGAGACCCCCCAUCCUGGAGGAUUAUAUCAAUGUGACCUCCACCCAGGGCACCAGGGUCUUCCUGGUGCUGAGGGAUGAUCCCUGCAGGACAGGGGUGGAGGAGGGGGUUGUUUGUGCUGUGUCCCCGCAGCUCCCGGAUUCCCUGGGCUGGAAUGCACGGAGGCCUCUUCACCUGCUGGGGGUGCCUUUCUCCUACCUGAAGGAACAGGUGGACCAAGAGCGGCUCAGGCAUGUUCAGAAGGUAUCACAGCAGCUGACAGAGAUCAUAAACAGUUGCCUUGAGAGUGAGCCCAGCACGGAGAGCCUGGAUCCUGGUGGGGACACGGAUCCUGAGGAGGAAUCUGCCUCCCAUUGCCUCUGGGUGGACAAGUUCACCCCCCGGCGCUACAUGGAGCUGCUCAGUGAUGAUUACACAAACCGGUGCCUUCUGAAGUGGCUCAAGCUCUGGGACACGGUGGUGUUCGGGAGGGAGAAGGCUGUGAAGAAGGGCAAGCCCAGCACUGCAGCUCAUCCCUCAUUCAGCCAUCCCAAGGAGCACCCAAAUAAGUGGAAAACAAAGGUCCAGCUCACAGAGGAGAUUCUGGAGGCUGAGCUGGACCAGCACAAGAGACCCAAAUACAAGGUAGCCCUGCUUUGUGGCCCUCCUGGCUUGGGAAAGACCACACUGGCCCACGUCAUCGCCCGGCACGCGGGGUACAACGCCGUGGAGAUGAAUGCCAGCGAUGACCGCAGCCCCGAGGUGUUCAAGACCCGCAUCGAAGCUGCCACCCAGAUGAAGUCUGUGCUGGGGGCCAGCGAGAAGCCCAACUGCCUCAUCAUCGACGAGAUCGACGGCGCGCCCGCGGCAUCCAUCAACGUGCUGCUGAACAUCAUCCACCGUAAGGACGUGCAGGGAGAGGGAGAGGCCGGUGCGGGCCGGAGGCGGCAGCGUGAGGGUGGGUUGUUGCUCAGGCCCAUCAUCUGCAUCUGCAACGACCAGUACGUGCCCGCGCUGCGCCCGCUCCGGCAGCAAUCCUUCCUGCUCCACUUCCCCCGCACGGCUCCGUCCCGUCUCGCCCAGCGGCUCAGCGAGAUCGCCCUCCAGCAGGGAAUGCGGGCGGACACGGGGGCACUGCUGGCCCUGUGCGAGAAGACGGAGAAUGACAUCCGCUCCUGCAUCAACACCCUGCAGUUCCUGCAUGGCCGGGGGCAGAAGGAGCUGAACAUGCAGAUGGUGCAGACCAUGAAGAUUGGCCUGAAGGACCAAAACAAGGGGCUCUUCUCCAUCUGGCAGGAGAUCUUCCAGCUCCCGAGGAUGCAGAGGCACAGGAUAGGAAUGGACCCCUCUUUGCCAGCCCAGCUCCUGGCGGGUGACGAGGACCUGUCACACUUGGGGGGUUCCUCUGGCUUCAGUUCCUCCUCCCAGCGCUUCCACCAUAUCCUGCACCUUGCCGUCUCCUCGGGGGAGCAGGAGAAGCUCGCCCAGGGCCUGCAUGAGAAUUUCCUGUCCAUGAGGGUGCGAGACUCCAGCCUGGGCUCAGUGUGCCUGGCCCUGGAGUGGCUCUGCUUCUCUGACCUGCUGGGUCAGGCUGUGCUGCACAGGCAGAGCUUCCAACUGCUGCGUUACCUGCCCUUCCUGCCCGUGGCCUUCCAUCUGCUCUUCGCGGGCUCCGCCAUCCCCCGCCUGGCCUAUCCCAGCAGCCAGCACGAGGCCCUGGCCAAGCUGACCCACAUGCAGAACCUGGUGGUGUCCAUGGUGUCGGGGAUCGCGCCCGGCGCCCGGAGCCGCGCGGGGCAGCAGGUGCUGGUGUUGGAGGUGCUGUGCCUGCUGCUGGACAUCAUCGCCCCCAAACUGCGGCCUGUGAACACUCAGCUCUACAGCCAGAAGGAGAAGCAGCAGCUGGCAGAGCUGAUCAGCACCAUGCUGGCCUACAACCUCACCUACCACCAGGAGCGCCUGCCCGAGGGCCAGUACGUCUACAAGCUGGAUCCGAAUGUGGAGGAUGUGUGUCGCUUCCCGGAGCUGCCGGCCCGGAGGCAGCUCAGCUACCAGGCCAAGCAGCUCAUUGCCAGGGAGAUCGAGCUGGAGAAGAUGAGGAGGACGGAGGCUGUGCUGCAGGCACGGAACCCGGAUCCCGGGAAUGGCCUCGGUGAGGAGCGAGGGGACACGAGGCCAUCAGGGACCCCCAACCACCGGCAGCGCCUGGAGCACAUCGUGCGGAGGGCGGCGGUGGAGGACAAGCCCGAGGUGGAUUUUUUCGGGCGGCCGCUCCAGCGCAAACAGGCGGCCCCGGCCCCGGCCCCUCAGGCCUCCAAGGAAGAGUCCCUGGAGAAGCAGAUGGGAAAGGCCGUGGGGAAGAGCGACGUGUGGUUCCGCUUCAACGAGGGGGUUUCCAACGCUGUCAGGAGGAACAUCUACAUCAGGGACCUGCUCUAGCUGGAGCCAGGAAAUCAGGGUUGGAACUCAAGGGAUCAGCUGGAUUUUGGCUUUCUAACCCCUGUGUCCAUGAUCUUUGUUUAGUUUUUUUUUUUUAUUACCGACUUAUUUUGUUU